GUUUUCACUAAUAAUUAACAGUGUUAUUGCCCUUAGUUACGUUUCCAUGUCCACGUUGCGUUCGUAUACAAUUUGUCGCGCUUUUCUGAAAAAAACUACAAUAAACUCUCUUUUAAAAUCCGUUAAAGCAUAAAAUAAAAAGGAAAAAAAUGUUUGUUUCCGUGUAAGAUCGCAAUAUAGUUCAACUCGUGAAAACCAAAAAUAAAUAUAUCACUCGUGGCAGUGCCACCAGUAAAAUGUUGAUUUCAAGAAAAAAAAGUUUUUGAAUUUUCACUAAAACAAACAAUUAUCCGCUAUCUGUUUUUGCUUUGAGGUGAUUUCUAAUUGCUGAGAUGUGUAAGCUGUUAUCUUAGAUGACUGGGAUUGAUGUCUCCUGUUCGGGGUUGCACCGCCAACCAGUAGUGCUCAUAAUAGCAUAGUUUAAAUGUAAAGUAUAGUAUCUAAGUUUAAAAAAACACUUACUGUACUGUAUACUAUUUAUACACAAUUGGCAUUUGCUAGUAUCUGGGAGGAAUAAGAUAUUUUAUCUCCCUGCUAGAAUCUGAUGGACCAAGGAAAGGGGAAGUAAUGCUGCAUGAAGUUUGAUUAUCUUAAGUGGGUGUCUUACCGGUCAAAACAAUUAACUGCUACGUAUUUGUUAUAGAUUUCUUAUUGUACUGGAACUUGCUGUAAUUAUUCUCAUCCCUUGAAAACAGCCAUCAACAUCUGUUGCUGAAAACCAUGGCUCGACAGCUUUCAACAUCCCUUUCUGAUUUUGUCCUUGCCUGCAUAGUAUUCUAUGUAGUGUUCCAGCUUUUCCAAAUACAGGCCUAUUAUGCUGCUGUAGGAUUAUUUCUUCAAGGAUUUGCAGCUACUGUAGGCGUUGUGAGAUUUUCAAUGCUUAGGUCGGAAAUGGGGCCAGUUUUCAGAGCCCAUAAAUUUUUCUCCUGGCUCGCAACAGCAGCAGGAAGUGGACUUAUUUCCUAUCAGUUCUGCUUAAAGUAUGAUGCAUCAACAACAAGCCAUCUUAUCCUUUCAUUUGCUGGAAUGGUGACGUUGACAGCCCAAUUUAUGAACGCAGAAAACAAGAAACUGUUUAGUGAGGCAAGCAGUGGACUUGGCUUAUUAACUGUUUUUAUAUUAUCAGUGUGUUAUUCAAAUCUGUAUGGAAUUCUGGCGGCCUUGACCUAUAUACUGUCGGGUGCUGGGAUUGGAUCAGAAGGAACAUUGUUUGGAAUUUUACGAGUAGACAUUCUACACUAUGGACUUGUGUUUGGAAAUAUUUUCUUCCUUUGGGCAUUUAUGUAAAACACAAUUCCUAGCCAUUAGCAAUAAGCAAAUUAAAAAUAAUGUGAAAGGAG